AUGAAUCAAUCCGAACGAGAAUUCGUUAAUUUUCUUCGAAGUGAGUGCAAAGACCUUCUAACGGAUUACUACGACACGGACUUCAACCUUCUCCGAUGGGCUCAAGGAUACGGAUUCAACAGAGAAGAGGCUCUUGCCGAACUCCGAAGACAUCUUCGUUUCCGUCAGUAUUAUGACCUCGAUAACAUUUUGACAAAUGUACCUGACCAUCCCAUCCUUAAAAAGUACUUUCCACUUGGACUUGUCGGAGAAACUGGAAAAGACAACCAACUUUUAGUAAUUGAAUGUGCUGGGCGAAUUGAUUUGAUGGGAAUUUUGAAAUCAGUUCAUUUGUCUGAUUUCUUGAUCCAAAGGUUCAAAUUCCAAGAGAAAAUGUUGACAGCAAUGAACGAAAUGGAAAGAAAACAUGGAACUCAGUGUUCAGUAAUCUACAUUCUUGAUUUGGAGGGACUCAAGUUUGAUCCAGCAUUGAUCAACAUUGUCACUGGACCAUACCGUAUUUUAUGGGCAUCGGUAUACACAGCAUAUCCAGAAUGGAUCAAUACUCUAUUCCUGAUCAAUGCACCAUCAUUCAUGUCACUUUUAUGGAAAGCCAUUGGCCCACUUCUUCCAGAGAGAACUCGUAACAAAGUCAGAAUCUGUACAAUGAACUCUGAUUGGAAGACUUCAGUUCAAAAACACGCCCACAUCGAUAACAUUCCGAAGCAUUGGGGAGGAAACAUGGUCGACAAGAACGGAGAUGGAAUGUGCCGGGAUAUUCUGAAUAUUCCAUUUGAUUCGAUCCCACAAGAGCUUUAUUGGAUUCCGAACGACGAGACUCCAGCCAUCAAGGACCUUAUUUGCACCAACAUUGGUGCUGGCAAAUCGGCCGUUUUCACGUAUAUAGUCGACAAAAGUGUCACAGAACCGGUUUAUAUUGUAAUCAACAGAUUCUGCGAUCGAACUUUUGGAAUGGGAAUUUGGCAUGGAGAUGACGAGACUUCAGAGUUAGAAGAGAUGAAUGAACUGGCACCAGAUUUUGAUUAUCCAGGAAUGCCCACUGUCGACUACCUUCGUCUUCGAAUGCCAGGUGCUGGAGCCUAUAAGAUCAAAUGGGGAAAUGAACAAGCUUGGAUUCGAUCCUUGACUCUCUAUCAUCGGGUUCGAUUUCAAAACGAACAAAAGGAAAAUAUCAAGUACAUUGAGAUAUAA